AUGUUUCAUAAAUGGAAAAAAAUCAUUCCUUUUAAUAAUUUCUGUGCAUGAUAAAAAACUAAGAUUUAGGGAGUAUUUGGCUAUGAGAAUUUUUCACCUUUUCUCCAAAAGUUAUUUUACGUUAGUGAAAAUUAUGGUGUUUGGCCAUAAAGUGAAAAUAUGUUAAACUUGUUUUUAUUUUUUUCACUUUUACUUCUCUCAUAAAAAGUCAAAAACAACUUUAAUUUAUAUUUAUGGGCAAACAUAACUCCAAAUUCCAACUCCAUUUUUUUUUUCAUCGCCAAACACUUACUUAAAUACGACAAUCAUUAUAUGUAAUAUGUGCAUAGUAAUUUUUGACUAUAAAUAAAUAAUUUUUUUUUGAAACAAAUAAGGCUAUUAUAUAAAAGUUUGCCUUUAGUUAACCUUUUUUUCUCAUACCUUGAUUAGAACUUGUGGAAAAAAGUUUGUAUGGUCCAAAAGUUCCCAGAUUUGCGUCUUUCCAAAUCAACCACACGUAACCCCCAAAACCUAAAAGAUAAAACCAAAGUCUCUAACCCAAACAAAGCCUCUACCCUCCCCCGCAAACCCACCCCCUACCCUCACCCCCACCACCCACCAUCCCGUUUACAGUAAAAACAGAUAGUGUGUAGUGUUAUCUGUGUGUAUCAUCAUCGUCGUCGUCGUAUUCUUCAUCUCUGCAUGCACCCUAUAAUGGAAAUCUAGGCAACUCUUCUCUACUACGUGGGUGUUUCCUAUAAUAAAUACUACUAUAAUAUUAAUAUUGGUCCAUGUUUGGAUGGCUUGUUCUUGUUUAAGCGACGACACUUGGUAUGCUCUUUCUCAAAUGCGCACCACCACCUCGUUAACAACCACCUUACAUGUGGAAGAUCCAGAAAAACUUGGACCCAAUUCAUCCAUGGCGGACUACCCCAUAGAAAAAGUCUUUCCUGUUUACGCUGUUGGCGUAUCGGAGCCUGACCCCAACUUGAUCGUAUCUGUUGCCAACACAGCUUCUACUGUGGGUGACCCUAUUUGGGAUGCUGUUAAGCUCGAAGCCAAGCUCGAGGCAGAGAAGGAGCCAAUAUUGAGCAGUUUCUUGUAUGCAAGUAUUUUAACACACGAUUGUUUGGACCGGGCAUUGAGUUUUGUUCUUUCCAACCGGCUGCAAAAUCCUACACUUUUGGCAACCCAAUUAAUGGACAUAUUCUGUGAUGUAAUAAUGCAUGAUCGGUGCAUCCAAUGUUCAAUUCGACUUGAUUUACAGGCAUGUAAAGAUAGAGAUCCUUCUUGUUUGUCAUACUGUUCUGCUCUUUUGUACCUUAAGGGUUAUCAUUCUUUACAAACACAUCGAGUUGCACAUGCAUUAUGGAAUCAAGGGCGCAAAGUCUUGGCACUGGCGUUACAAAGUCGAGUUAGUGAGGUUUUUGGAGUUGACAUACAUCCAGCUGCCAAAAUUGGAGAUGGAAUUCUUCUGGAUCAUGCAACUGGUGUUGUAAUUGGUGAAACCGCUGUCAUAGGGAAUAGAGUUUCACUUAUGCAGGGUGUAACCUUAGGAGGAACUGGGAAAGAAACUGGUGAUAGACAUCCCCAAAUAGGUCAAGGUGCACUUAUUGGAGCUAGUGUAACUAUACUUGGAAAUAUAAAAGUAGGGGAAGGUGCAAUGGUUGGUGCAGGUUCUCUUGUAAUGAAGGAUGUUCCUCCUCACAGUAUGGUGACAGGAAUACCAGCAAAGGUGAUUGGUUAUGUAGAUGAUCAAGAUCCAUCUUUAACUAUGAAGCAUGAUGCUAGCAAGGAAUUUUUUAAAAAAGUAGCCAUUAGCUGCAAGGAAGCGAGAUCCAAUGGAUCAGUUGCUUAACAGACAAUGGCUCAACAUUAGAGAUUAAUGAAGAGACAUCUUCAUUUGACUAACCCCAAUUCACUUCAAUGUGUGAAAAUGAUUUUAAUAUUUUCACCAUCUUUAAUACUAUAGGAUUUCUGAACAUAGAAAAAUAAAGUUCCUUUAAAGAUUGAUCAUCAUUCAAUCGACGUGUAAUGGCAUGUAAUCUGUGUUGAUCUAAAUUAUGUAUUUCUUUCUCCAGGAGAUUUGUCAGUCUGUAAAUUAGACUCAAUAAUUUUGUAAGAUUGUUUGAAUUAGUGCUCCAAUGAAAUAAUGGGGACGAUGUUGAUUAAUGUUGAAUGUGCCAGAGAUACUUGCUCAUUGGUAUGUUUCACAACA